AUGGCCAAGGAAAUCUCCAAAAAGCGCAGUUUUGUCAACCAGGGCGUCUUCCGCGCCGAGCUGGACGAGUUUCUCCGACGGGAGCUGGCCGAAGACGGCUACUCCGGCCUGGAGGUGCACACCCUCGCCUCGAAGACCCGCAUCAUCAUUCUCGCCACGCGAACGCAGUCGGUCCUCGGCGAGAAGGGGCGCCGCAUCCGCGAGCUGACCUCCCUCGUCCAGAAGCGCUUCAACUUUGCCGAGGAUAAGGUCGAGCUCUUCGCCCUGAAGAUUGCCGACCGCGGCCUGUGCGCCAUUGCCCAGUGCGAGUCGCUGCGCUACAAGCUGAUCGGCGGCCUCGCCGUCCGCCGCGCCUGCUACGGCGUCCUCCGCUUCAUCAUGGAGUCGGGCGCCAAGGGCUGCGAGGUGGUGGUCAGCGGCAAGCUGCGCGGCCAGCGUGCCAAGAGCAUGAAGUUCGUCGACGGGUGGAUGAUCCACUCUGGCCAGCCGAAGAACGACUACGUCGACGUCGCCGUCCGCCAUGUGCUGCUGCGACAGGGCGUGCUGGGCAUCAAGGUGAAGAUCAUGCUCGAUCACGACGUGACCGGAAAGAAGGGCCCCAAGAUUCCGCUGCCCGACAAUGUGCAGAUCGUCAACCCGAAAGAGGAGAUCAUGCCGGCGCACCCGUACUCCGAGUCGAAGGAGGCCAAGGUGCCCAUCGUGCCCGUCGCUCAGGUGGUCGCGUAG